UGAAAAUAUAAGGUUUUCAAAACAUUACAGGCUUAUUGAACUAAAAACACAUGUAUAUAAAAUUUCUAUUAAUAUAGAAUGUGAUGAAUAAACUCGUUGCAAACACAGCAUGUUUCAUUGUGGUUUUUGAUUAAGAAAUGCCAGUAGAAGCAGAGAAAAUGUAGAACAAAAUUCAUGUAAAUUAUAUUAUUUAAGCUGACUUAUAUUUUAUUUUUUGCAAAAAAUUAUAAAGGCAAUAAACUGAAACAUGAAACUGUACUGCUUAAGUGGUGAUGCAGCUAAGCCUUGCUAUGUGAUCAGCUUUCGAGGAAUGAUGAUAAUGCUCGACUGUGGGCUAUCAACCCAUACAGCUUUGAAUUUUUUACCCCUACCAUUAAUUCAGAGUUCAAGACUUGCUAAUUUACCAGUAUGGACUCCCAGAGACAGUACGGUACCUGCUUUAGAAGGGGAGUUACGAGAAUGUUAUGGACGUGUGUUUGUUGAUUCUUCUCCAGAAUUUUGCCCUCCAUUAAAUAAGAUUAUUGAUUUUUCACAAAUUGAUAUCAUUCUUAUUUCAAACUAUCUAUGUAUGCUGGCUCUUCCUUUCAUAACAGAAAAUACAGGAUUCCAAGGUGCUGUAUACGCUACUGAGCCCACAUUGCAAAUUGGAAGAUUCUUUAUGGAAGAAAUGCUAGAAUAUUUAGAUCGUACACCAGUUUCAACAUUAUCUACACAUUGGAAAGAUGUUGUUCAUAUGUUACCACCUCCACUUUGUGAUGUAAUGAAACCUCGCUCUUGGAAACAUUUUUGUGAUGCCGAAGCCAUUUCUGCAAGUCUUGCUCGAGUGCAUGUUGUAGGAUACGAUGAAAAAUUGGAUGUUUUUGGUGCUAUACAAGUCAUGGCGGUAAGUUCUGGAUAUUGUCUUGGAUCAAGUAAUUGGGUGCUGAGUUCUGGACAUGAAAAAAUAGCAUAUGUUAGUGGAUCCUCUACCCUCACAACUCAUCCUAGACCUAUUAAUCAAUUUGCAUUAAAAUAUGCCGACUUACUCAUACUUUCGGGUUUAACACAAACUCCGACUGCUAAUCCUGACUCUAUGCUUGGUGAAUUAUGUUUGACGGUUGCUAUGACACUGCGAAAUGGUGGCAAUGUCUUGAUUCCAUGUUAUCCAUCUGGAGUAGUAUAUGACUUAUUUGAAUGUUUGUCAUCACAUCUGGAUAAUUCAGGGUUUACCCAUAUUCCAUUAUUUUUCUUAUCACCAGUGGCUGAUAGUUCAUUAGCGUAUUCUAACAUAUUGGCAGAAUGGUUAUCAUCAUCAAAACAAAAUAAAGUUUAUACACCUGAUGAACCUUUUCCUCAUGCUUCUUUAAUACGCAAUUCUAGAUUAAAACAUUUUAAGAAUAUUUAUGGAGAUGGGUUUAGUCAAGAAUUUAGACAGCCAUGUGUUGUUUUCUGUGGACAUCCUAGUUUACGUUUUGGGGAUUCUGUGCAUUUUAUUGAGCUAUGGGGAUCAAACCCUUUACACACUGUGAUAUUUACAGAGCCUGAUUUUCCUUAUAUAGAAGCAUUGGCACCAUUUCAGCCUUUGGCUAUGAAAGCUGUUCAUUGCCCUAUAGAUACUGCUCUCAAUUACCAGCAAGCUAACAAAUUAAUACGUGAUUUACGACCUGGUGCUUUGGCUGUUCCAGACCACUACACAAUGCCACCAGCAUCUGCUCCACAUAGACUUGACCUUAUUAUAGAGCAGUCACCAGAUCGGCCAACACUUUGCUUCAAAAGAGGUGAAGUUUUAAAACUACCUUUGAAAAGAAAGAAAGGCCGAGCUUUUCUUAGCGUUGAUGCUGCUAAAUCUAUUAAUCCAGUUGAAAUAAAGUCUAAAUUAUCAGCCUCUACUCUCACAGCUUACCUACAAGUCAAGGAUAAUAUUCAUGAAAUGAUGUCAUUAAAAGAAUGUUCAAGUCAACUGGAAAAGAAAAGUCCAAUGCAAAACUUGAUGAUGAAUGAUAUAAAAUAUGAAUGGGGAAAGUUAGAUGUGGAGGACUUACUGCAACGACUUGCGCAGGAAGGAAUCACUGAUGCAAAAGUUGAGCAGGGUUCUGAUAGUAAUCGAUGUAUUAUCCAUCUUCCAAGUGCCGAUAUGCUGAUUCAACUGGAUGAGAAAUCUACACAUAUAUUAUGCCAAGAUGGGUCACAAAAUUUAAGAUCUAGAUUGAGAAAAGUAUUGCUGCAAUGUUUACAGACAUUUUAA